AUGCCUACUCAAGCUGCGCUCCUCAUUGGAGGCAUCACCCAUGCGCGCAAAGAGUGGGAGGCUCUGUCGUCCAUUCUGACUCUGAAGGAAUUCCCCAGCGGCAACCGUGAGGAAUUUAUCCAGAACUGCAAGACGGGGCAGUACGACGAUGUGGUUGCGAUCUACCGGUCCAAUACUUCUAAUAAGUUCACCGGCAACUUUGACGCCGAAUUGCUCUCAGUUUUGCCAAAGUCUGUUCGCUAUAUCUGCCACAAUGGUGCUGGAUAUGAUAACCUAGAUGUUGCCACCUGCUCGCAAAGGAAUAUUGCCGUCUCGAGCACCCCGGUUGCCGUAAACAAUGCGACCGCCGAUGUGGGCAUUUUCCUUAUGAUCGGCGCACUGCGUCAGGCUUAUGUACCUCUUUCUGCCAUUCGUGCUGGCACCUGGCAAGGAGAGACUACGACGGGCCAUGAUCCCCAGGGUAAAGUGCUCGGUAUCCUGGGCAUGGGUGGCAUUGGACGGGAAAUGGCUACUCGGGCCAAAGCCUUCGGAAUGAAGAUCCAAUACCACAAUCGCUCGCGACUCCCCGCAGAGCUGGAAGGAGGCGCGACCUAUGUCUCCUUCGACGAGCUCCUCGCCUACUCUGAUGUCCUUAGUUUGAACCUGGCCCUUAAUGCCUCGACACGGCACAUCAUCAGUGCCACCGAGUUCGGCAAGAUGAAGGAUGGUGUGGUAAUUGUCAACACUGCACGGGGUGCACUGAUCGAUGAGAGCGCGCUGGUUGAAGCUCUUGAUUCCGGCAAGGUUCGCUCUGCCGGUCUGGAUGUGUACGAGGAGGAGCCUAAGGUCCACCCCGGCCUCUUGAGUAACCCGCGGGUUAUGUUGCUCCCGCACAUUGGCACAAACACCUACGAGACGCAGAAAGAGAUGGAGAUUCUGGUGUUGGAUAACUUGAAGUUGGCGGUGGAGAAGGGAGAGUUGAUUACACAGGUGCCGGAGCAGAAGCGAUAG